AAAAAGUCCCAAACCGCUGCGCCGAAAAGCACCAUUUCUCCCGCAGCGUUGAAACGGAAAGCGGCAGAUGACGGGGAUCGAGCGAGCAAGAAGUCCAAGCCUGUGAACGGGUUGAAGGAGGGGAAACAGGCACUGGUGGGUUCGGACACGGACGAGGAGGAUGGUGUGUGGGGCGGGUUUGGCGGGGAUGAGGAUCUGAAGAUGCAUAAGAAGUCGCUGUUUGAUGAUAGUGAGGAGGAGGGGCAGGGGGAAUAUGACGAAGGUGGGGAAGCAGACGAAUUUGACAUCGAUGGUGACGACAAUUUUGAGCGACCCGAAGCGCAAGAUAUGGACUUCCUCUCCUCUGACGAAGAAGCCGAUUCGCUCCCCACAAAACCGACCAAACCGACCAAAAAACCGCGCUUUGCCGCAUCCUCCUCAGACGACGACGACGACGACGAGGAGGCAGAGGAGGAGCCCACAACCGCGCGUAAUAUCGAAGCUCGUUCCCGGGCGCUGGAGGCCAAGGCUAUUGCUGAGAGGGCGGCCGACAUGGCCGAAGCCGCCGCUGCUGGCGCGGGGGAGGAAACGAUGUUCGCCCUUCCUAGUGCAGAGCAGCAGGAGGCCGAAGCGUCCGGAUCUGCCCCUGUGGACGUAAACGAGCUCCAACUCCGUAUGCGGGAAUGCGUCAAGGUCCUUGGAGAUUUUAAGAAGUUCGCUGCGCCCAACCGGUCAAGGAGCGAGUACGUCCAGCAGCUGCUGGCAGAUAUCGCCAGUUACUACGGGUACAACGCCUUUCUUGCUGAGAAGCUGUUCGACCUCUUCCCAGUGGCAGAGGCGAUCGAGUUCUUCGAAUCGAACGAGCUCCCUAGGCCAGUGACGAUCCGGACCAACACCCUCCGUACGCGGAGGCGAGAGCUUGCCCAGGCGCUCAUAAACCGCGGGGUGAACCUCGAGCCUAUAGGGAAAUGGAGCAAGGUAGGCUUACAGGUAUUCGAGUCCUCCGUCCCGAUCGGUGCCACGCCCGAGUACCUCGCAGGGCACUACAUGCUCCAAGCUGCAUCGAGUUUCCUUCCAGUGAUAGCGCUGGACCCGCAGCCAGGCGAACGAGUGCUCGACAUGGCUUCCGCCCCUGGGGGGAAGACGACGUACAUCUCCGCCUUGAUGCAGAACACCGGGGUGGUAUUCGCAAACGACGCGAACAAGGAACGCACGAAGGGACUGACGGCGAACGUGCACAGACUGGGGUGCAGGAACGUCGUGGUGUGCAACUAUGACGGGCGGGAGUUCCCCAAGGUUAUGGGAGGGUUUGACCGGGUUUUGCUCGAUGCGCCGUGUUCUGGCACGGGAGUGAUUAGCAAGGACGCGAGUGUGAAGCAGAACAAGUCAGCAAGGGACUUUACCCUACUCUCCCACCUCCAGAAACAACUGAUCCUAUGCGCGAUCGACUCCGUCACCCCCUCAUCCAGCGCAACAGUAGUCUACUCGACCUGCUCCGUAACAGUAGACGAAAACGAGUCCGUCAUCGCCUACGCGCUGCGUAAACGGCCCCACGUGCGGCUAGUAGACACCGGGCUCGAGUUCGGGCGAGAAGGGUUCAAGGCAUUCCGGGGGAAGACGUUUGGGGAAGAGAUGGGGAAGACGAGACGGUUUUACCCGCAUGUGAAUAACAUGGAUGGGUUUUUCGUUGCUAAGCUAAGGGUUGGCAAACCGGGGAAACGGGCUGAGCAGGCGCGGGAGGAGAGCGAGGAUGAGCAGGGAGGGGAUGUUGGACUGCCGCUGGAGAAGAUGGCGUUUGACGACGAGGCUGAUGCGGAGCUUAUACGGGAGAGCAAACGCAAGUAUCUCCUCAAGCACAAAGGGAUCAAGUUGCGCCCCAAGGCAAAGGUGGAUGCUGCCCUCUGCAAGACCAAUGGGAAGGAUGCAGAGUCUGACGAGGAGUGA